AUGAUUGAGCCAAUUGCAGAAGCAUACGACAAAGAUGUCUUGACAGACUUAUGCUGGUCUCUCUUUUAUAUUUCCGAGGCUACUGCUGAGGGACAUAAAGCGGUGCUUGCUGCCAAGGUCUCUCAACGCCUUCUGGAGCUUCUGAGUCCUCAGCUCCCCGCUGAAGUUGCCAAUGCUGCACUUUGUUGUGUUUGUAAAAUCUACCUCACAAACGAUCAAACUGAGGGUUUUAUAAAUCUUGAUUUCCUUUCAAAACUGGCCAACUUGUUGCCAGUCAAGAAUAUGAAAGAGCAAGUGUGCCGUACAAUAACUACUAGCAUCAUCACUUCAAGAAACAAACAUGCUAUUAUUGAGGAUGUGAUCAAGGCUCAGUUACUUAAAAGGCUAAUCAAAGAAGUCGAGAAUGCACCGUUUCGGGUUAAAAGAGUCGCAGGACAAGCUGUUGCAAAUGUCAUUUUGUGUUCUUCACCGGAACAAAUCAGGCGUUUCGUGGACAAGGACUGUGUAAACGCAAUGGAUAUUAUCCUUGAACUCAAUGAUUUGGGAAGCGUUCACCUUGCUUUACAAGGGAUUAACAAGAUUUUGAAAGCAGGCCUAGAGGAGCAGUUAGACGUUGAAGUUAGUUCCUCCUAUGCAGCAUCCUUUGCUGAAGCACCUGCCUUAGAAAAGAUUAGGUAUUUGAGUAGUCUACACGUGGGUGAAGUUAGUGAUACUGCUCAACAGAUUGUUGACAUGUAUAUGUGAGCUGUGUAUGACCUGUAUAUGUGAGCUGUGUAUGCGAAAUAUGCAUGCACCAUAGGACGUCUUAUACUUCAUUUAUAAGAUUAUUUCUUAGUUGUAAAAAAAGAUUAUCUCUUCAAACUUUUUGCUAAUAAUAAUCAAUUUUUAUAAUUUUUUGAAAAA